AUGCGUGUGAAUAAGGUAAAUGGUCGGCGGUUGCCACGUGUACAUAAACUGGAAUCACGGUCAAAAUCAGAGGACUUAACGUUUUCUUGUGAUUUGAGCACAAAGCAAAGAGACCAGGUGAACGGCAGCUGUGAUGAAGUUCUUAAAGCGGGUACGGUUGUCGGCGACUCCGCUGACAAUAUUCAGGAAGCUAAGAUGUGCUUGGACCGACUGUUAGACAGUGUGACGUCAGCAACGAAGCGUUGUUUAUCUUUUGGGGGUCGUUCGAGACCGCCCUGUUGGUCCGGCAAUUGUCGUCACAUGUCAGUCGGCAACUGUGUUCGUCGCGACAGACGGGGACGGGAACAGGCAUUAAAUACCGGGCGUAAGAUCAAACGCAAACUCAGCUAUCCACUGUGCGACUCAGUUGGAAGCGGUGGCGGCUGCGGUACCGGAAACGCCCCCUUCGUCAAGCUCAGAGCGGACUACUUGUUCCAUAAUCGUCGAAAGUUGUGUGACUCGUUCAAGCGCAUUCUGCCGUCGAGAUACUCGUGA